AAAAAAAAAAUCCUUCAAACGGGGCUCUUACUUCACUUCCACUUUCCCCCCACUUUACGACCGACCGAAGACGCCGAGAGAAAUCUCCUGAGACCGAUUUUUCCAAUCCGAUUCAACACACCGUAGAAUCAUGAGCAACGAAUAUGAUUAUUUGUUCAAGCUUUUGUUAAUCGGCGACUCGUCGGUGGGAAAAUCGUGUCUGCUUCUCAGAUUUGCAGAUGAUUCUUAUGUGGAUAGCUAUAUAAGUACAAUUGGAGUUGAUUUCAAAAUCAGAACUGUGGAACUGGAUGGAAAGACCAUUAAGCUCCAGAUUUGGGAUACUGCUGGUCAGGAAAGAUUCAGGACUAUAACAAGCAGCUAUUACAGAGGUGCACAUGGAAUAAUUAUUGUUUAUGAUGUCACUGAGAUGGAGAGCUUUAACAAUGUCAAGCAAUGGCUGAACGAGAUUGAUAGAUAUGCUAAUGACAGCGUAUGCAAGCUUUUAGUAGGGAAUAAGUGUGAUUUAGUUGAGAACAAGGUUGUUGACACACAGACAGCAAAGGCACUUGCAGAUGAGCUUGGAAUCCCUUUUCUAGAGACCAGUGCGAAAGACUCGAUCAACGUGGAGCAAGCUUUCUUAACUAUGGCUGCUGAAAUAAAGAAAAAAAUGGGGAGCCAGCCAAGUUCCACCAAGUCGUCAGGGACCGUGCAAAUGAAGGGGCAGCCAAUUGAGCAAAAGAGCAGCUGUUGCAGUUGAGCACUUCCUCACGGCUAAAUUAUGUGAUGGUAAAAUCUGUAAGUUCACGGGCUCUUAAAGUAGAUGAAAUUGUCUUUUAAUUUCUGUUGGCUCAUGGAUCUCUCUGUAACUGUUCAUUAUUCUCUGUUUGAAUCUUGAUGUGUAUAAAUGCUAUGUGACAGUCAACUUUGGAUAUUAUCUCUCUUUCUCUCUUCUAAUUAUAUUUAUUUACCAAGUUGGGAG